UGUACGGCGUUGAAUAAUUUCAUCUUUCCAAACGCAUGCAUCGCGUGCCAGAUUAUUGUUCUCAUUCCGAACACGUCAUCCCGGUUAGUAACGGUAGUACGGGAGCAGCUGCGGCGCGUGCAGCGGGAUUCCACACGUCUGGAUGUUUCAUGGAAUCCGCGUUCUGCAUCCGCGGCGGGAUGCGUUUUGCGCUCAUGAUUCUGGUUUGCGUCGCUCGACGGUUGCACGGUUAACGGAGUAACAUCCCUCAACCCGUUCACGGUCUACCGUGUCUCGGUGAACGGCGCCGUUAACGACUGCUGUACCUCGGGUCCCGCCGCCCUGAUGGCGGCUGCGCCCGGUGAGGAAGAUGUGGACCGGCGGCCCAUCAGAAGAGCCCGAUCCAAGAGCGACACGCCUUACAUCACCGAAACCAGACUGUCAUACACGCUACAGACAGUAGAGGGCGUUGAGCGUCUGGCGGCGAUGCGCUCGGAUUCUCUGGUGCCCGGAACACACACGCCACCGAUCCGCCGCCGCAGCAAACUGGCCAGUCUAGGACGACUCUUCAAACCAUGGAAGUGGAGAAAGAAAAAGAGUGACAAGUUCAAGCAGACAUCUGCUGCUCUGGAGAGGAAGAUGUCGACACGUCAGAGCAGAGAAGAGCUCAUCAAAAGAGGAGUGUUGAAAGAAGUGUACGAGACGGAUGAGGUGAGUGUUGACAGCGUUCAUGUGUGUGUGAGUGAUCUGGACAGACCGACAGUCAUCAGUCCAGUAUCAGAAUCUACAAACACCAGCGUCUGCGGGACAGUUUCGUUCUCAGAGGUCCAGUCGCCUGGAGAGACAAUGACAAGUCUCUCUGAUCUCGUCUCAAAGCCAUCUCAAGCCCCGCCCUCUGUCAAACCUGUGGCGUUGCCAAGUGACAGCGCUGACAUCACACACAUAAGGCCACCAUCAUUAAAACAGCCUCCUGCCUUACCGCCGAAGCCAUACAGCAGAAUACCCAACCACUUGACAGAAACACUUGCUAAACUGUCUCCACCUCUCCCUCCGAAGAAAGUGAUGAUUUGCGAGCCGACGUCUUCAUUUGCUCUCAGAUGUCUGCCAUCACAGGCCACACACAUGCACACACACACUCUCACACACUCUCACCCGCAGCAUUAUGCUACACUACCCCUGUCUAUACACCCGCCCAGCCGCGUCAUAGAAGAACUCAAUAAAACACUGGCGCUCACCAUGCAGAGAAUAGAGAGUUCUGUACUGCAGGUGAUUCCCUCAGUCCUCAUGGAGACUGAAGAAGAGAAAGAAAACAGAGACUCACCUGUCAAUACACACACACUCCUCACACACACCUUCAGCACACACGACGAAGAAGACGAGGAAGACGAUGACGACUCGCUGUUUACAAGUACACUGGCUCUACGGAUCUUACGGAAAGAUUCGCUGGCGAUCAAACUGAGUAAUCGACCGUCCAAAAGAGAGCUAGAGGAUAAAAACAUCCUGCCAAUGAUGAGCGAUCAGGAGAGACUCGAGUCCAGGCAACAGAUCGGCACCAAACUCACUCGUCGACUCAGUCAGCGACCGUCAGCAGAAGAACUAGAACAGCGAAACAUCCUCAAACCUCGGAAUGAACAGGAGGAGUUGGAAGAGAAAAGAGAAUUAAAAAAUAGACUCUCAAGGAAGUUGAGUCAGAGGCCGACCGUAGAGGAGCUCAGAGAGGCGAAGAUUCUCAUCCGCUUUAGCGAUUAUGUAGAAGUUGCGGAAGCUCAGGAUUACGACCGUCGAGCGGACAAACCCUGGACACGACUCACCGCUGCGGACAAGGCUGCCAUACGUAAAGAACUCAACGAGUUUAAGAGCACAGAGAUGGAGGUACACGAGUCGAGUCGACAUCUAACCAGGUUUCAUCGACCGUAGCGGAAACUAUGGGAAACUAUGAACUCAUUUUUCAGGAGCUGUUAAACUUUAAUCAGAUGCAUUGAUCAAACGUUGGUGACUGAAGUGAGACUAGUGCAAUCGGGAAUCACCCCGGAG